AUGGAUGCGUGGCGGGGCCCCGCGCCCCGCUGGAUCCGCCGCCGCGGGGCCCGGCUGCUGCUGCUGCUGCUGACCGUGCGGCUGGGGAGCGGAGCUGAUAAAGCAGAUGAUGAGGAUGAUGAAGAUCUAACGGUGAAUAAAACAUGGGUCCUUGCACCAAAGAUUCAUGGUGGGGAUGUAACUCACAUACUGGACUCCUUACUUCAAGGAUAUGACAAUAAGCUGCGGCCAGAUAUUGGAGUGAGAACUACGGUAAUUGAAACAGAUGUCUAUGUUAACAGCAUUGGCCCAGUUGACCCAAUCAAUAUGGAAUACACUAUAGAUAUAAUUUUUGCCCAGACAUGGUAUGACAGUCGUCUAAAAUUUAACAGCUCAAUGAAGGUGCUUAUGCUUAAUAGCAAUAUGGUUGGAAAAAUUUGGAUUCCAGACACUUUCUUCCGGAACUCAAGGAAAUCUGAUGCUCACUGGAUUACAACUCCAAAUCGUUUGCUUCGAAUCUGGAGUGAUGGAAGAGUGCUAUACACUCUAAGGCUGACAAUUAAUGCUGAAUGUUAUCUUCAGCUUCAUAACUUUCCUAUGGAUGAGCACUCCUGUCCGCUGGAAUUUUCAAGCUAUGGAUAUCCCAGAAAUGAAAUUGAAUACAAGUGGAAGAAAACUUCUGUUGAAGUGGCAGAUCCAAAAUACUGGAGAUUGUAUCAGUUUGCUUUUGUAGGGCUGCGAAACACAACUGAAAUUUCUCAUACCUUGUCUGGUGAUUAUAUUAUUAUGACAAUCUUCUUUGAUCUCAGCAGACGUAUGGGAUAUUUUACUAUUCAGACAUACAUUCCUUGUAUACUCACUGUUGUUCUUUCAUGGGUAUCAUUUUGGAUCAAUAAGGAUGCAGUUCCUGCAAGGACUUCUCUGGGCAUUACAACAGUGCUGACCAUGACAACAUUGAGCACAAUUGCUAGGAAGUCACUCCCAAAGGUUUCCUAUGUGACAGCAAUGGACCUUUUUGUUUCGGUUUGCUUCAUUUUUGUGUUUGCUGCCUUGAUGGAAUAUGGCGCCUUGCAUUACUUUACCAGCAACAGAAAAGGGGACAAAGGAAAAGAAAAGAAGGCAAAAUCUAAACCAUCGAAACCACCUGCAAUUGCUGUUCGACCUGGAUCAACACUGAUUCCAAUUAAUAACAUUAAUCAUCUCCCUGAACGUGAUGAUGAUUAUGGAUAUGAGUGCCUAGAAGGGAAAGACUGUGCCAGCUUCUUCUGUUGUUUUGAAGACUGCCGCACAGGAUCUUGGAGAGAAGGAAGAAUACACAUCCGUAUUGCAAAAAUUGACUCCUAUUCUCGAAUCUUCUUUCCAACUGCCUUUGCAUUGUUCAAUCUUGUUUACUGGAUUGGCUAUCUUUAUCUUUAAAUUUCAGAGGUUUGACAAACUCAGAAGAAAAUGUAAAUUGAACAGUCAUUAACACUUUCAAGUUAGCAGUAAAAAAUUAGAGCUGGUUCAAAAUGAGUCAAACUUGGGAUGCUUUAAACAUUUGAAACAAUGAGAGGAAAUAGGAUGAUGUAGUCUCCCUCUUGUGAUCAACUAUAGAACUGUUAUUGGUAUUUUGAAGAGAAACAUUUUUAAAUAUCCCUAAGAUUUCACUUGCCUGAACAAACACAUAUUUUUGUCCAGCUCUAAUAAAAUGCACUCAAGAGGCUAUGUCAUUUAACUGGACAGAUCUACAAAGGCUUCCAAUUUUUAAUCCUAAAUGAUAAUACAGAUGAAUUUUGUAGCAUCUCUUACACCUUUACAAAGAAAGCCUUAAUAAAAUGGGAUUAGUUAUUCUUGUCCAUUUAAUCCAUAAGGUGAUGGUUUCAUUAAUCCCUGAUUUAAAAAGUUGAAAUGGAACAUUUCUAUUUUUCCACCAGCCAUUUGUUCUCUGCAAUAUUUUUUAAAAAGUGAUUAAAUAGUAAUUAAUCAUAUUCAGAUUUAUGUAGAAUGCAGAGAUUAGAGCAGCCAGAAAUGGAUAUAUCACAAAAAGCCCAAGGGUAAUUCUGAGCUUUUCUUAUCCUGACUAUUGAUACAGGAUUUUGGCUUUCACCCUUAGAUUACAUUUAUGUCUAUGCUCCAUCUGCCAUUACUUCAAUGUUGUGAGUUCCCUGAAUUUCUUCAAGAGGGCUACAACUUUCAAAAAUUCAUACCCAGCUGCUGUUGCUUGCUUAUUUAAUGAAAGCCAGACUGAUGUCACCUGAGAUUCUGGCCAUUGAGCAUAAUACUCUUCACAUCCUCCCUGUUCCCCUCUCCUUUGUUUGAUUCAUACUCGGGAACAGAGAAAAAGUCAUAGGUCUUUAUUUGGAAGAAUUUGUGUCAUCAGAGUUUGGAAAACCUUUUACGAUGCUAUAGUCAUUGGAUUCAAAGCCACCAUGUUAAAUCUCCAGCCCAAAGAGUGUGGCGUGUGACCUGCUUCACUUGCAAACAGUUUGAGUUUGGAGCUCCUUCUUGUUACGGCUUACGCUACUCCCUGAGCCAAAGCCAAAUGGUAUGAACUUACUGAACCUGGGUAAUGGAUUGCUGUGUAAUUACCUCCUUGAUACUUGCUUGUUUCUAAUUGAAAAACCCUGUUACUGGGGGUAGAGAGGAAAGUAAAAAUAAUCCUUACGCUUUGCAGAUCCUUCUCCAGGAUGGGAUGUAUCCCCCCCCCCAAAUCAUAGGACUAGUUCUCCAGCCUUUCUGUGGUCAGAGCUUCUGUUCACUUUGGUAGCAGUUCUUCGGUAACUAGCUUUUCUGGACUGACUUCUCUGUGUUGACUGUUGCUGGUUGGCAGCAUUUAGUAUCCCAUUUCUAUUUUUAAAUCCAUUGUCCUUAUUAUGAAGAAAUGAAGUUUUUCUCCUUUCUCAAAAAGAAACUGGUCUCAAGUGAGCUUGCAAAAAUCACUGUAAAAUUAAGAUAUGCAUUAAGUAAAAGUCAGAAUUACACAGAAGACCUUACAGAUCUUUAAAGAGGAUUAAUGGGAUUAGCAUUUGGCUGUAGGUAAGGUUGUUCAGUACUGGAGAUAAAGACAUGAUUAAUGGCUAAUAAUAGAAAAUUAUAUAUGAAGGACCCCUCCACCUCAAUACUUCUGUUGAAUGGGCUCCCUUCUCUGAAUUUCUCAGAAAAGAUUAAUGUGUUUUUAUAUUCUAGUUGGUACCAGACAUAAGAUAUGAUACACAAUACACAUUUCAGAUGAGGUGUUACUGCAGUGUUCAGCCCCGAAGUCUAAUAGGGAAUGCAAGACUAUGUGCAGUGAUUCUGGAAAAAAGUGUGACAGAGAAGAUCUCAUGUUAAUGCAGACGUUAUUUUGGUAUUUAGCUAAUGAAAUAUGAAAGUGGUUGAGAGAAUUUGAAAGCCUGCUGCUGAGGUUGGCUGACAUUAUUGGUUGCUUGACCUUUCUGAGCUCAAACUUCUCACUGUUAGACUGAGGGUAGAAGUGCAGCAUCAUUAAAUACACUGAUCUACUCCAAAGUAUUGUUUCUCUACAGUCUCAUUUUCAGAAAGUGUUCAAUAAAAUGGAAAUGUGUCAGUUUUAAUUCCAUAGUGCAGUUUGAUACUUUUUGACAGCACACUAAACACAUUCCUCUGUAGGAGGGGUGAAGGUGGCUUCAACAGCAUUUUGUUGGAUGUGUACUUGAAAAGCAGUCUACUCGCUGUAUAAACCAAGGCCCAGAUUUUGUGAGCUCCUGAGUUCCAUUAAUUCACCUUUAAACAAAAGGAACUUGAAAGAACUUGGCACUUCACAAGGAGACGUACAGAUUUCACAGUCUGCUCUUCUCUGGCACAUCUAGUUAGUUUUUUCUAUUCAUGUGGUUGUCAGUUGCCAGUCAGCCUCCAGUGACAGAAUUGGAGAACAGAAAACAUCCCGAAUUGGCAAGGGUUGGAUAAGAAGUCUUUCAUCUCUAAUUUCUAUGAUACAAUGCAAUAUAGUACUAAAGCUAUUGAAUGUUAUGGCUGUUUGGCUUAUGGAUACACUUACUUCUGUCUGUUGACAAACUUUCCUGUGUACUUCAUUUGAUUCUGAUGAAAUAAUUAUAGUUUCCUGUAGUACUGUGAGUACAAAUAGAAAUGGAAAUGCAGUGAACUGUAACAUAGCAUGUAAUAAAUAUUUUAUUUUAGUACUAUGUGUUUUCUUUCUAAGCUGCAUGUAAACACUUGAUUGCAAGAAAUCUAAGUGAUACUCAAAAAAAUGGCAAGAAACAGGCUAUAAUUACUUGGGCUUAGAUGCUGCAAUCAUUUUUCAAACCUACCUGGAUGAAAGUUUGUUUUUUGGUAGAUGGAGUCACAGUAUUUGGAGCUUUAUUCUGACCAUUACUGCUUAAGCACAUGCUUAAACUUAUUCCUAAUCAGUACUGUAAUUAGACCAGAAUUCAGAAAACCAUGUGCUUAUGUGCUGUCAUAAAGAAUGAUGCUAUCCUGAAUUGCUGUCAUUAUCACAUGCUUAAUUUGCACUAAUUUCAAUAAUGAGUGUUCAGUAGCUCAAAUGAUUGAACAUUAAGGAUAUUAGACAGAGCCUAGAAAGUAAGAAGUUUUCUCACUGAAAGAGGACAUAAUAGCAGAAAUUGCUAUUAAGGCAGAGGUGAAAGUCUGUGGAAACUGUUUUAUACUGCACCUAUCUCAGGCAUCUCCUGAAAUACGUUUUUCAAAAAAAGAGAGUUGUCCUUGGUAUUCUGUAUUAGUCUUCACCGCUUGUCUGUUUUAUUAGUGAGUACAGCUCAGUGUGUUGUUUUUUGGUAAGGUUUUGUCUGAUUGUACUCCACUGAUCUUCAGUGCAUGUCUCCCAUGUCCGAAUGCAUCUGUUUUAUGUAGUGGCAGUGCAGACAAAGCAUGAGCUGUUAUAUUCACAUGUUGAUGUGCUUCAAAGGCUUUAACCUUGUCAAAUUUUCUGACAUUCAGAGACAUAGGAUUGUGUAAGACUUUGAGGGAGAUUCAUCUACAAAAUGUUAUUUAUAAUUUUUUGUUGCUUAUUUUGUAUGGUAGUAAAAGAUUUGUUUAAAAUUGAUACAUAAACUGUGCUUUGUAAUUUGCAAACACCUUUCAACUGAAAGCCCAGCAGGAAACUCUGGAUUUAAAUAUCUAUCUGCCUAAAGUAAGAUAGCAAAAGUCAUAUUUCAGUUUACUGUUUCGAGUUACCUGAGAAUUAGUGCAAA